GACUCUCCCCGCGAGCAGCGUGACUGACACGGGCUCGCCAUCGGGGGGAGGAGAGGCGAGGAGGCGAAGGGGAGGGCGCUGGGGACCCGGCCUGGAUUUGCAUUGCCGACGACGGGACCCGGGGGCACCGCAGCAGGAUGGCAGACAUGCAGGGACUGGUGGAGAGGCUGGAACGCGCCGUCAGCCGGCUGGAGCAGCUGUCUGCAGAGCCACUCAGGCCUCCCAGGGCCUGUGGGGAAGUGAAUGGUGUCAAUGGAGACAUGGCGCCCUCCGUGGAAGCCUUUGAUAAACUGAUGAACGGGAUGGUGGCCGAGUUUUUAAAGAACAGUAGAAUCCUUGCUGGUGAUGUGGAAACUCAUGCAGAAAUGGUGCAAGGAGCUUUCCAGGCCCAGCGGGCUUUCCUUCUGAUGGCCUCUCAGUACCAACAACCCCAAGAGAAUGAGGUAGCUACACUACUGAAACCCAUUUCAGAGAAGAUUCAGGAAAUCCAGACUUUCCGAGAGAGGAACCGGGGGAGCAACAUGUUUAACCAUCUUUCAGCUGUCAGCGAGAGCAUUCCUGCCCUAGGAUGGAUAGCUGUGUCCCCCAAACCUGGCCCUUAUGUCAAGGAGAUGAACGAUGCUGCCACCUUUUACACUAACAGGGUCUUAAAGGACUACAAACACAGUGAUUUACGCCAUGUGGACUGGGUGAAGUCAUAUUUGAACAUUUGGAGUGAGCUUCAAGCUUACAUCAAGGAACAUCAUACCACAGGCCUUACCUGGAGCAAGACGGGUCCUGUAGCGUGCACCGCAUCAGCGUUGUCUGUCCUCUCAUCUGGACCUGGCCUCCCACCACCUCCUCCUCCACCGCCUCCUCCAGGACCACCUCCACUUUUUGAGAAUGAAGGCAGGAAAGAGGAAUCCUCGCCUUCACGAUCAGCAUUAUUCGCCCAGCUUAACCAGGGAGAAGCUAUCACGAAAGGGCUUCGGCAUGUCACUGAUGACCAAAAAAUAUACAAGAACCCCAACCUGCGUGCUCAAGGACAGAUUCUGUCUCCAACCAAAACCCAUUCUCCAGGCCCCACAUCCAAAUUUCACGCUCCUCAGAAGCAUGCUCCCGUGCUUGAAUUGGAAGGAAAAAAGUGGAGAGUGGAGUACCAAGAGGAUAGGAAUGACCUUGUCAUUUCAGAGUCUGAACUGAAACAAGUGGCUUACAUUUUCAAAUGUGACAAAUCUACUCUCCAGAUAAAAGGGAAAAUAAAUUCCAUUACAAUCGAUAAUUGUAAGAAGUUUGGCCUUGUGUUCGACAAUGUGGUGGGAAUUGUGGAAGUGAUCAACUCCAAGGAUAUCCAAAUCCAGGUACUAGGGAGAGUGCCAACAAUUUCCAUUAAUAAGACAGAAGGUUGCCACAUAUACCUCAGUGAAGAUGCAUUAGAUUGUGAGAUUGUGAGUGCCAAAUCAUCUGAAAUGAAUAUACUUAUCCCUCAGGAUGGAGAUUAUAGAGAAUUCCCUGUUCCUGAACAGUUCAAGACUGUGUGGGAUGGAUCCAAAUUGGUCACUGAACCUGCAGAGAUUAUGGCAUAACCUCCACUGACACUGAAACCCCCUCACUCAAGUCUCUUUUAUCAAACAAACAAAAACA